AUGUCAGUGAUGAAGCAUUCAGUGGACCAACCAGUCAUUAAGGAGAAAAUGAAGGCAACGUUCGAGCACUGUCAGAGUAUGCUACACGAUCCAGACCAGUCUUCAGGCAUCCUAGAUGACUUCCCCCAAUUCUUGGAUACACCAGGCUUGAUUAACCAAGACUUCACAAUGCUAUUUGGAGAAGAUGUCUCGGGCAAGUUUAUUGCAAAAUGGCCAACGUUCUACAAACCUAGGAUUAUCACUGUCUGCAAAGGCCUUCGCCCUGGUACUCAUGUGGAUGACCUUCUGUCUGCUCAAGAAGAAUCAAAUGAUUAUGGUUGGGACAGUGACUUGGCAGCUAUCCUCCUGCUCGUUCAUCUCUUGCCUCCAACCGCAAAAGGACAAAGACAUGGGAAAAUCAGUGCCACUGAAGCUACUGACCAUGUGGUCAAGUUCAUGAAGGUGGGGACAAGCAUGGUGACAUUCUUUGAAAGAGUUGGAUCAGCACAGCCCUUCCUCCUCUGUGUUGGACAAAAGAAGAGUAGUAUCCAGAAGUUUUACGUCAUCCUCGAUCAGAAGGCCAUUCCCUCUUUGGCGCAGACAGCUGUGGCUGCCUUCGACGAACUGUUUAAGGCCCACUUCGUCUUUGCUGUAUCCUACGAUGAGGCCUUGUGCAACUUCUACACCUUCAUUCAGACUACAGUGUAUGGGAUUGACGUCGGCACUACAAAAGAGAGUCCACGGGUCAAGGAAAUCCGGGCAAAAGUAGAUCAUCUUGAGGUUUGA